CAUAACAUCACCAGCAAUGGCGGAGUUUUGUCAGUUGACGCGGGCGAAGUAGACGCGCGCAUUGCAAGUGACGCCCCGACGCGCGGCGAGCGGUGUGCAUUGGACGCGCGACAUUGACAACAUGGCCAAACGGAAAAUAAACUUUAACGCACAAACUGUUACCAGGUUUAUUGAACGAAUCGAGAGCCGACCAUGCCUUUGGGAUGUCGACUACGAACACUACAAUGAUAGACACAAAAUGAUUGCAGCUUGGCAAGAGAUCAGCAACGAUAUGGAUAUUCCAGUGGACACGCUCCGACUAAAAUGGAAAAGCUUGCGGGAUUUCUUUAUAAGAAUGUUAAGGAUGGGCAACAUAAAGGACGUCCGGGAGUACAAGGGUGGAUGGCAGCAUUUCCAAAAAAUGUGGUUCCUUAACAAAGCUGUUUCGACGCGCAACAGAGCCUAUAGCAGCGAAGAAGCGGCGUCGCGAAGCUUCGCCAACAGCGAUGAUGAAGCUACAAUUGAGGAGGGUGAAGUUAUGGUGAAGUGUGAGCCAGUGCAGAUGGAACAGGAAGAAGUCUUCGUUUCAGAUUACGACCCGUCGCCGCCUAAGAAACGAUGCAGUACCUCUGACGACUUCGAUGAAAUGUUCCUCAAAUCGCUCACGCCGUUCUUCAAAAAUUUAGAACCAGUAAGGAAAUUAAUAGUCAGAAAUAAAAUACAGGAACUUUUAAUCGAGGAGAUCACUGCCCAAACGACUGGCAACAUAAAGUUAAAGAAUUAAGAACUGUUUAAGAUUGGUGCAGUUUACCGAUUUUCCACCACCGAAACAUUUGUUGAUAUAUAAACUUAUCUUUUUUAUAAAAAAAAUG